AUGUCUAGUGAUCUCGUACAACCCAACGCCUGGGUAGCGAUCAAGCUGCCCAAUGACAUGCUCAGAGUGCUCCAGGUCGUCCCCAACACAACCAUAUCAUUAGGGAAAUAUGGGUCUUUUCCGAGCAACCUGAUCAUCGAGCGGCCGUACAAUCUGACAUACGAAGUCCAAGACCAAGAGGAGGGCGAAACCUACUCGCGCCUGCGCAUUGUCCCUGGUGUCGAACUCAACGCUGACGCCCUUGCUGACACGUCCGCCGACAAGGAUGCGAUCGAGACUAGCGAUGAGCCCGCAGAGGCGAACGAAGAUGAAGAUGUGAUUGUGCCUGCCGACGGGGAGGAUUUCACGCUGGUGGACGACAGCGGUAAGGUCAUAGCACGCUCUAGUCGCGAGGUGCUGGACGACUCGGCGCGGCAGACGCUCACGUCGGCUGAAAUUGAAGAGCUCAAGAAGAAGGGCACAUCGGCGGGACAGGACCUCAUCGCGAAGCUGCUUCUUUCGCACACCGCCAUCGACCAGAAGACACAGUUCUCGCUGGCAAAGUACAAGCUGCUCAAGACAAAGAAGUACAUUAGGCGGUUCACUGUUCUGCCGCUGGACGUGCCGCUGCUGGCGCACUGGAUGCUCGAAGACAAGGACGCCUCCAAGAUCCUCGAGAUGCGGCAAGAGUCAAUGGCGCUGGUUGGGUGCUGGGCUGAUGCGCAUUUUACGUCGCCGCCGGAGGAGGGCGCAGAGGGGCCGCAUGCCGGGCGGUGGCUCGUGGUCGAUGAUACCGGUGGACUCUUGACGGCCUCUCUGGCGGAGCGUAUGGGCAUCUUGCACCAACCCCCCGAGGAACAAGGACAGCCUGAGACGAGCGUGACGGACGCGGGCAGCAGCGGACAGCCUGAUGGCCAACCAGCCCAGAAGCCCAAGAGGCGGCGGCUCAACGACCUCGAAGUCCCGUACGCCCCGAACAACACGUUGACUGUGCUGCACCACAAUACGCAACCCAACCUCUUCAUGCUCCGCUACUUUGACUUUGACAACACGGAAAUCAACCCAACGCCACCAUACCAUCCCCUGUACAGCAAUCUGUUGUCGCUGUCGUGGCUGCAGCUCGUGUCGCCCGAGCUGGAUCAAACUUACAGCGACCCCCCUGCCGAAGUCGAUCCGGAGACGGUGGCCUCGUGGAAAACGAACCAGAGAGGCAACUAUCACCGGAAACGCAGAAGAUGGGCCCGGACCAAGCACAUCAUCGACACGACCCGCGCAGGCGGCUUUGCCGGGCUGGCCGUCGCCAGCACCAUGGAACCCAUCUCCAUCCUCCGACAUACCCUACCUCUUCUCGCGGGCGGCGCACCGGUGGCGAUCUACUCGCAGACCGUCGAGCCGCUGGCCAUCCUCGCUGAUGCCUUCAGCAUAACACGCCGAGCCGCGUGGGUGAGCAGUCCCCCCGCCGAGACGGAGGGCAAGACGGUGGCCGAGAUUGAGCGGUGGGGGGGCAACGACGAGUUUCCCAUCAACCCGACCCUCCUCCUGGGGGCUAGCAUCCAGACAAGUCGGGCGCGGCGGUGGCAGGUCCUGCCCCAGCGCACGCAUCCGCUCAUGACCGAGCGCGGUGGUGCCGAGGGCUACAUCUUUACGGCGUGGCGAGCGAUCCCUGUCGAGGGCAAGAUCGAGGCCCGCGGUCGCUUUAGGAAAAGAAAGGCCGGUGCUUAG